AUGGAACAGGAGCACUUCACCUCCUACGCUUCCUACCACCACCCUGCCCCGGAUCCAGACUUGUCGCCGGCCUUGGACGCGACCCAAAGCGACAUGCUACUGCAGCUCAAAGCCUUCCUCCUCGACGGCAUCGACUCCGAGCCGCCCGCCGAGGUGUGCUCCGGCUGGUCCUCUCCCUCGUCCUCCACCGUUGAUGUGUGCUCGGAGAUGCAAGCGGCAAUGGGACCCUCGACCAUCCGCGAUCAUCAGCAUUGGAGCCCGGGUACGGUCGACACCGUCGACAUGCCGCUGGACAUCGACGCCUUCCUCAUCGGCUCGAACGCUGACGCCGCCGCCGCCGAGGAGUGCUCCGACUGGCUCUCUCCCUCGUCCUCAACCUCCUCGGAGGUUGCGAAUGUGUCGCCGAGCACGCCGGAUGUGCACCAGCGGCCGGACGCCGGAACUGGACCGGCGGCCUCGCCGGGCGACAAGCGGCAGGCCUUCAUCGGCGUGCGCAAGCGGCCGUGGGGCAAGUUCGCUGCCGAGAUCCGCGACUCGACGCGGAAGGGCGCCCGCGUGUGGAUCGGCACCUUCGACAGCCCCGAGGCCGCCGCGCUCGCCUACGACCAGGCCGCUUUCGCGGCGCGCGGCACCACCGCCGUCCUUAACUUCCCCGUAGAGUGCGUGCGGGAGUCGCUGGGGCCGCUGGCGCUCGCCGGCGGCGCGGGCUGCGGUUCCCCUGUCCUGGCGCUGAAGCGGCGGCACUCAAAGCGCACGCGCAGGCGCAAGGUCUCACCAACCGGCUUCAGCAACAGCAAAAGUACAUUGCAAGAUCUGCAGCCGCCGGCAGGUCAAUGCUCUGUCGUGUCCGGCACGGCCGUCGACAUGCCGCAGCAGCAGGCGACGGUGUCCAUCAGCCAGUGCCCCAGCGGCAUUGUGGAGCUAGAUGACCUCGGCGACGCCUACUUGGAGAAGCUCCUCCGGGUAGUGUCAUCCGAGUUGGGAGAGCACUAGGUGACACCGGACAGGAGCUGUUAUUAUACCAAGUCAUGGUCUUCAGUGUCAUGGUCAUGGCGACAUUACCACUGUCAAAUCAGUAAUCGACCUAAAUAUCGCACUGAUCCUUCAUUUUUACUUACGUUCAACAAAACUGUAAAACCAAUUGUAAUGGAUGGCACACAUUAUGACCAGUAUUUGUUAAUACCCCACAUUUUUUUUACAGUAGGAACUUUGAGA